AUGUCUAUAUCUGUAGAACGGUACAUUGCAGUGGUCUAUCCUCUUCAUUUCAAGCGCCUCAUCACUCGACGACGUGUUUCGACCCUCAUCGUUAUCAUCUGGGUCCUUUCCGUCUUAACUCAACUGUUCACCUUCUUCGCUCAUUCUGUUGACACCUUUACCAACACGUGCAAGGAUCAGUACAUAAACCACUUGACACAAAUCAUAGUAGCUUUCUAUUGGUUCUGCCUCCUCCUCGUUGUCCCUUGUCUCACCAUGCUAAUUACCCAGGUUCUAAUCGCUCGCAAGCUUAGUCACCGCUCCAACCAAUUUAGAGGCAUGACCAACAGCCCAAAUGGGAAACAAACGCCAUCUUUCCACAUCGUGGCCAGAAACCGCGUUCUGAAGAUGAUGCUGAUCGUCAUCCUCAUCUAUCUUGUCUGUUGGACUCCGAACCAGAUUGCUUAUCUGUGUUAUUACAUUGGUUGGGUUCCUGAAUCUUACCUAAAUAGUCCUGUCCAUUCCAUGCUUACAUUUCUUGGCUUCUACAACUCCUGCACGAACCCGGUCAUCUACGCAGCAAGGUAUCCCGAGUUUCGAGAGGCUCUCAAGGAAAUGUUAAAUCGCAACUCCACCAAAAACACUCCACUUUUUGUAAAAAGAGAUGUUGUCGAGAUAGGCACCGUGGGACGUCAGACCAUCGACGGCCAAAUUUAG